AUGGCCCUUAUCCUCCGGCAGUUUUCUGGUGAUAGCAUCCGACUCGAUCCCAAGCUUUGCGUCCAGUGUGGCUUCGAAGUUGCGCAGCUUGCCCAGAAAACUGUCAUCAUGCUUGCGAGACAUAUCACCAAUGUCGCCGCUCGACACGCUGGCCGCUUUGUCUCCGAUCUUUUCUUCUGA